GGUACAGAGAGAAUACACUACACCAUCACAAUCCAGUUCUGCUGCAAACUGUUGCUAGGCAACCGAAAGCCGGUUAAAUGUCAUACAAAGAAAUUGUCACACACUAAAGCAGUUCGGCCAAUGGUGAUCAAGAAAUCUAGAUAAUCUGCUAGCUUGAGACAUUAUCAGCUUCUGAUAAGUGCGUCCAAUACAUGAUGGCACAGCUUGUUCUAUCGCAACAAGCGUGUCCGUUUGACACAGAAAAAAUACACGGCGAUUCAUCGGAGCUAUCGGAUCAAACAUUUACCAUUGACGAUCUUGAUCCGGCGACUCGAGAAGCGUUUCCUAAGCUGAAAGCAUUCAACAAGGUACAGUUAGCAGUCGCCAAAACCGUCAUACAAACGGAUAGUUCGAUCGUCGUCAAUGCACCUACCGGCUCCGGGAAAACCGUUAUCCUUGAGCUGGCCAUGGCAAAGCUUGCCCGGCAAGCAAAAGAUAGUCCCUUUCGAAUACUCUACCUGGCACCAACGCGAUCGCUCUGUGCGGAAAAGUUUCAAGACUGGAAGGUACGGUUCGCUGCCCUGGGCAUUAGUUGCAUCCAGUUCGAUGGGGAUAAUGCGGUCGAGGAUGUCACUAAACUCAGCAACCAUCGGCUUAUACUAAGUACGCCGGAAAAAUGGGAAGUUUUCACCCGGCACUGGGACGAUCAGAAUGUGGCAUCCGUAUUACGCCCCAUUCGGUUGUUUCUGAUUGAUGAGAUUCAAGUCAUUAACGAUUCGGAACGUGGUUCCAAUCUAGAGCUUGUAGUGUCUCGCAUGAAGUACAUCGAUUCACGGCUUCGUAGAGACAACCCGUACGGUAGUGGAGUGCCAGAGUCGAUCCGAUUUAUUGCCGUCUCAGCCUGUAUCCCCAACGUGAAUGAUUUCGCACAAUGGCUCAAAAACGAUCGGAACGUGGUACCGUUCUCGUUCGACGAAACAAACCGAACAACGAAAAUCGAACGACACGUGCUGAACUUUCCAUGUGCUUCGAAUCCGUUCAAAUUCGAAUUGAAUCUCAACUAUAAGCUCCCAGCGAUCAUUGAUCAAUUUUCGAGCCAAAAGCCAACCCUUGUCUUUUUGGGACCAAUGCUCAACGAAUUGGCCGACAAUCUGGCAAAUCGAAACUUGCAAGAGUGUGUAACGAAAGGAGUCGGUUAUCAUCAUGCCGGUUUGCUGCACAACGAUCGCAUCCAGAUUGAGAACCACUUCCGUGCCGGUCACAUCGCAGUACUAUGCUUCAACGUUUAA